UACACGAGGAAAAAUGCGGCGGACGACGCGACGAGUGUUGUUUUCCAUUUUCCGCGAUACGGCAGUUGCAAUCGCGUUCGCAUAACCUUCGACCGCGCCGGCCCGUCGAAAGGCCGCGGCGAAGAGGAGGAGCGACGGCUGCUUACCGGGCAGGAAUCUCGCCCGUCCGGGACCAAUGUCGUAGGGUGGUCGGCAAGGGCUCGCAUUUCCCGCCGUUGGGAAGAAUGGGAAAUCAAUAAUCGCAAUCGCCCUUACCGACUUUCGCGGCAACGGGACGCCGCACACCCCACCGCUCGUGCCGCGCGCGCUUUCGCACUACGCUCGAUCGCUCACCAUCCCACUCUCGCGCUCUCUCCCUCGCGCUCGCGUGCCGCCGAUCGCGGCGUCUCUCUCGCACCCUCGCCACUUCCGCUAUUUUGUUGCGCAGUGCCGCCAAGUACGUCGGCAGCGCCGCCGAACGACGCGUCCGCCGGACAGUCGACCGCCAUUAUAGAUUCCGUUGUGAGUGACCGAGUCUCGGUCCCGCUGACGACUGCGACUUCUCACGGAAAACUCCGCGUUGCGUUUUCGACGUUUCGCUCCGUCGUGCACUUGCCGCAAAUUCGAAAGGGAGAGACGCGGGGAGAAAGAGAGAAAGGGAGAAAAGAGGAGAGCGAAUUAAACAGAUUAGUCGGAAACGCGGGCUAACGAGCGGAGCAAGCGAGCGAAAGAAAGACGAUUCCCACGGCCGGAAAAACGACAGCGAUGAAAACGUACAGCAGGAAAAAGGGCGACAGCCCGAGCAAUGUGAUCAUCCACGUAAACGAGCUGUGCCGACUGUGCUUGGCGAAGGAGGAGGAGAUGGUGCCGAUCUACGACGACGAAUCCGUGCCGUUGCCGCUGCGUAUACUUGCCUGCGUGAACAUCGAGAUUUAUGAGCAGGAUGGUCUUCCUAAUAUGAUAUGUCAUCCAUGUAAAUAUCAAUUGGAGAAAUCCUACCAAUUCAGAAAAAAAUGUCAGGCUGCAGAUUCCAAGCUCAGAAAGCACAUGAAGUUAAUACAGCAGUUGACUGGGCAGGACGAAGAGGGCGAGAACCAGGAUAGCAAUAGGGAUGAUUCUAUGGAAUCUGCUGGCAAAUCUAAGCAAGUUAAACAACUGUUGGCUGAUCUAGUCGCGACAAAAGGUGAUAGCGGCGAAGGAGAUGGUGAUCCCAUUGAAGUGACGGAGGAGGAGCUUGUCGGUGGCUACAUCCUGGGAAUGAAUUCUGAGAAUCCGGAGAUGGAGGAGAAUGUUGCGGAGGAUCCGGAAAACAUUACACUGGUACCAGCCGAGGAACGGACCGCCAAGGCACGAUGUACGAUAAGGACGACGCGCAUCAAGCAGGAGCAGGAGUCCGAGGAUGAGGCGGACGAAGUACAGAGAGCGAUUGCGAACGCCGAGCCAACGCACAAGAACGUUUACAUGAUGGAGCUUACCAGCAACAGCUCCAGUCAGGGCGAAUCGUUGAAGUUACAGCCUAUGGCCGACCAGAUGGUUGAUGCGAAUCCAGAGCUGAAGGUGUUCAAGUGCGACAAAUGUCCAAAAGCGUUCACUCGGAGAAUAAUGCUGAAGAGUCAUCAGUCCGUGCACUCCACACAGAGAGGAUUCACAUGUCAGGCUUGCGAAAAAUGGUUCCCGACAAGAUCUGCUCUGAUCAGACACGAACGUACACAUACAGGCGAGAAACCAUUCCCGUGCAACAUCUGUCAUCGCGCUUUCGCGCAAAAGGAGAUCCUGUUCCGUCACUUGAUGACUCACUCCGGCCAGAAGCCGUUCCAGUGUCAACACUGCGAGAAGAGUUUCACUCAACGCGAGGCUCUUAAAGUACACAUGCGUCGGCACCAGAAGCUGAAUCCGAACGAUAUUCAGCUGCAUCAUUGCCAGCUCUGCCCGAAAGCCUUCUGUCACGCGUCAGGUUUGAGCAGGCAUUUGGUCACACACACUGGCAGAACGUACAAGUGUGUCGAGUGCGAGAAGACCUUCACCGACAAAAGCUCGCUGUUGAGACACAGUCGCAUUCACGCGCCCAAGAAAGUCAUACCGAACUAAACAAUAUCGUGUUGUUUAAUUGCCUAGGAUAUUCAGCGGCUAAAAAAAAUCUUUAAAACUACGUCAAAAUUAUAUAUAUAUACUAUUAUAUA